CGUGACCCUCGUUGCCCUCAUCUUCGUGUUUGUCCGUCCAGUCUCUCUCUUUAGCGCAUAGGACGGUUAGCACCCUCUGCGGUACCAUGUUCCGAGCCGUGUUCCGACUGUCAACCCACGGGGUCCGGAGCCUGGCUCGGUCACGACCCUGCUACUCAGCUCCUUUGGCCUCCAGAGGUUACUCCCAUGCCCAGGUGGAGACGGAUGAGGAGUUUGAUGCUCGUUGGAUAACAUACUUCAGCAAGCCUGACAUAGAUGCCUGGGAACUCAGGAAAGGGAUGAACACUCUGAUCGGUUAUGACCUGGUACCCGAGGCCAAGAUCUUGGAUUCGGCACUAAGGGCUUGCCGGAGACUGAACGACCUGGCCAGUGCCAUCCGCAUCCUUGAGGCCGUUAAGGACAAAGCAGGCCCACACAAAGAUAUAUAUCCCUACCUGAUCCAAGAGCUGAAGCCCACCCUGUCAGAACUCGGCAUCUCAACUCCAGAAGAGCUGGGCAUGGACAAGUUGUAGACUGUCAAGGUCAUUUGAUGUAUAAAGAGAAGAUCUCUCCUGAUUCUCUCCUGUCAAAUAUGUCUAUAUUGUUGAUUAAAUCCAUGCUGUCCUAUUGUGUACAAAAUGGUGGACCUAAUAAAGAAAACCAAUUAUAGAA